GCCCCUGUCAGAACUGUAGCGUUGGCGACACGCGCGUGGAGUGGAGCAGCCCAGGAUGCUGGUGAGCGUUACAGUGUCACUGAGCUCAACUGUGUUGCGGAGUACACAACACUAAUACUCUUUUCAUCAUGGACAUGACCGAUUCCACUUGUAUGGAGCACCUGGUGAAGGAGUUGAGUCUGCUGCUGAAACUGCUGGAGAAUGAGAGCGUGAGUUCAGCUACGGCUGAGAAGAUGAGCGUGGUCAGGAACAUGGUCAAACAGCUGCAGCCAUCUGUGAAUGGAUCUGACUUUAUAUACGUGAACACAUCUCUCUACGGAAAUGGUACCAGCUUUGUAGAAUCACUGUUUGAAGAAUUUGAUUGUGACCUACAAGAUCUCAGGGAUUCUUCUGAAGAGAUCAAAGGUGUGGAGGAGGAGGAGACAUCCAAGCACCUGCCACCAAAUUCGAGUCCGACAGACACACCCCCUCCCAUUCCUACCACUCCCAUACCUGAUGAUUACUAUGAAGAGGCCGUACCGCUUGGGCCGGGCACAACACCCCAGUAUAUAACAACACGCAGCAACUCCAGCCCUCCAAACUCAAUAGAGGAUGCUUAUUACGAAGAUGCCGACAACAAUUACCCGGCAACUCGUCUGAACGGGGCCAGCAAAAACUCCUACAAUGAUUCAGAUGCACUCAGUAGUUCAUACGAGUCGUACGAUGAAGAGGACGAGGAAGCUAAAGUCAGAGAGCAGACGCACCGGUGGCCCUCAGAGGAGAGUCCGGUGGGCCAAAUGAAAGACUACCGAAAAUGUGCUUUUCUACUGCGUAAAAAACGCUUCGGUCAGUGGGCUAAACAGUUAACUAUCAUCCGCGAGAAUCGACUUCAGUGUUUCAAGAAUCCCAAAGAUCGUAGUCCGUAUGUUGACCUGCCCUUGAAUCUCUGCAAUGUCAUUUAUGUGCCCAAAGAUGGACGUCGCAAAAAGCAUGAGCUUCGUUUCUCCAUGCCAGGAGGAGAGGCUGUGGUGUUGGCCGUACAGAGCAAAGAACAGGCCGAGAACUGGCUGAAGGUCAUUCAGGAAGUUAGCAAUCUGGCAAGCAACAAUAAUGGAAAAGAGGGUUCAUCCUCUCCUAUGAUACUGCGAAAACUAGAGCUGGACAAGAUGAUGUCACAAGAUAAACACACUUCUGAUUCUGACAGUGUGGCGAAUGGAGACGCUACCCGGGAAAGCUGUGAGAAUGGAAAGGGCAAGAAAGGGACGUUCUCUGAGCUGACCGGAUCCAUGAGUCGCGCUGCCGGCAAGAAAAUCAACCGAAUCAUCAGUUUCUCGAAGAAAAAACCUCCUCUACCAGGAGAAACCAACACGUCGUCCCACUUAGAUGACAAUCCCCGUUGUGGCUACUUGAAUGUUUUGGUGAAUCAGUGUUGGAAAGAACGCUGGUGUUGUGUGAGGAAUGGCACUCUUUAUCUUCAUAAGGACAGAGCGGACAUUCACGCCCACGUUAACUCUUUAGCUCUUCAGGGUGUGGAGGUCUUACCUGGUCUUGGGCCCAAACACCCUUUUGCCUUCCGCAUCAUGAGAGGGAGCACAGAAGUAGCAGCUUUAGAGGCAAGUUGUUCUGUGGAGAUGGGCCGAUGGCUAGGGGUUUUGUUGGCAGAAGCAGGCAGUGCAACCACUCCUGAAGCUCUGCAUUAUGACUAUGUAGAUGUGGACACCAUCAGCAGCAUCCAGAACGCAGCACGUCACUCUUUCCUCUGGGCGACCUCCUCCAGCAACAACUCCACAGACACGAGGACUUACGAUGAAGUGCCGUAUGAAAGUGUGCAGCAUUCAGAUGAGACACAGUCUAAACUGAAGCGAUAUUCCUCAAUGUCCAGUGUGGAUACAGCAAAAGCUGACACACAGAUCACAGUGAAGCGACAUGGUUCCUCUGUAAAUAAUGGUGGUAAAUACGGAAAGACGAGGGCAGAAGAAGAUGCUCGCCGAUAUGUAAAUGAGAAAGAGCAACUAGAGAAAGAAAAAGAAACAAUCAGGAAGAACCUGUUGUCAAUCCGCACAGAAAAGAGACAGGUGAAGGAAAAGCUGAAAAGUGUAACAGGCACAGAUAAACAGCAAAAGGCAAUGGAGCAGCGUCUGGCCCAACUGGAAGAAAGUUGUCGUCAGAAAGAAGCUGAGCGUGUUGAUCUUGAGUUACGGCUGACAGAGGUGAAGGAGAAACUAAAGAAGUCUCUGACUGGUGGGGUGCUAGGGGCGUCCGUGGAAAGCAAACCCAUCAGCAAGGUCACAGUUAAGAAGAAGGAACAUAUUUACAGCGAUGCAACUGUACCAGUCAACUGUGCUUCUGAAAUGAAGAAGCGUCCACCGUCCAUCUAUGCUUCAACUAAAGGAAAUGUCAUGAAGAAAGCCAAGGAAUGGGAGUCAAAGAAGGGGAAGUAAGGAUAGCAGUGUUAUCAGGAGUGUUGGAGAAUUGUCAAAGCAAAAAAAAGAGCAAGUCAAUGGAAAGACUGUAGCUGUGAUCGUCCGUCUCUGCACAGACUGCACUUAUCAAAAACAUUUUAGUUUGCAGGAGACAGUCGAUCUUGAUGACAAGUGAUCUUGUUACAGUCAUUUUGCUCAAAUGAUGAAUGUUAAAAAUUGUAUUAAGGAUAAUUAGAUAAUGGGGGUGCUUUGUGAACAUCCAUUUGUUUCAUAUUAAAUUUAAAAUGUAUGCAUGAAUAUUCUGUGAUCUACACUAAAUCUUUUUGUUUCUAAGCAAAUAAUGCCACAGAAUACUGAUGUGACCUUCCUGCUGAUUUUCUACUGCAGUACUGAGAUACAGUGUUAAUAUCUCCUGCUUUAAGCUAUGUGAAACUGAACUGGAGAAAAGUAUUUUUACACUAGGGCACUUCAUUUACCAAAUUUAUUUAUUUUUACUAUGUAAAUAAUUUUAGUUUAAUGGAAUAAAGUUGUUUUCUUGUUCUGUGUAAUAUCUCUGUAAGUGUUUAUAAUAAAUGUGCU